CGUCGUUUGCCCAUUUAUUUCAAUUCCUACUCUCGCGAGACAUGGCCGGCACCGAGUCUAAUUCUUAAAUGAUUAAAUUUAUACUACGCGUAAUAAUAUUAUAUUGGUGUAUUGUUUACACAUAUGUAACAUUUUUUAAUAAAAAUGAUUCUGUGAAAACAAUUGUAUAAAAGUGCGUUAUUUUUAUUGUUUUGAUAAACCGCUGCAACUACAUUUGUUUUAAAGGUAUAUUUGCGUAAACCAGCUGCAAUAAAGCCCCUUUACAUAUCAAUUUUAUUCAAAGGAAGCAAGCAUAACAUCAGAAGUAGAUUAAACAUGAUUGCUAGGAAAUUACUAUGGAUAAAUAUCUUUGUAAUAUUUAACUCCAUCGUAUUGCAAAGCGUCAGGACGUGGACGGAUCAACAACUAUUUCCGUCAAGCAAAAUACCAGAAGAUGGAUUGAGUCCUCGCCGUUCUGUUGUUCGAAGAAAAAUAGUGCUCUAUCAUAACUUCUUUCGAACAAAAGUAAGGCCGACAGCAUCUAAUAUGCUUUUAAUGUCGUGGCACCCCCUGGCAGCCCGUCAAGCUCAGAACUACGCUGAACGCUGUGUAUUCCUGCAACACAACGACGCCUCAGAGAAUACUGUCCCAUAUUUAGGUUCUUGCGGACAGAACCUUUUUGUAGCAUCACAAAAGACUCCGUGGUUUUUCGCAAUCAAGACAUGGUUCCUAGAAUAUCAAAAUUUCACAUAUGGAGCACCAGUGCGGAAUCUCAAAGCAGUUGGGCAUUACACCCAAAUGGUUUGGGCGACUAGUCACAAAGUUGGUUGUGGCGUCGCACACUGCCCUGGAGGACCUUGGGGCCAUUUCUAUAACUACGUGUGUCAUUAUUGCCCAGCUGGCAACGUUAACACAAUUAUACAGUACCCCUACAAAGUCGGUAAGCCGUGCGAAGACUGUCCAGAAAGCUGUGUAUCAGAUGCUCUUUGCACUAACUCCUGCCCUGUCAAAGAUUAUUUCUCAAAUUGUAGAGAACUCGUCGGAAUCGCUGGCGUAUGCCAACAGGGCACCUGCAAUGCUACAUGCACUUGUGGCAAUACAAGACUAUAUAGGAAUCACCCUUGGUAAACUACCAUUAAACUGAAUACCAGCAUUAGUGAUAAGUUCAACUAUUCGUUAGCUUUAAGAUCCAAUGUACAAACUUAUUUUUAGGUAUAAUGAUUAUUGAUUAUUGUUUGAAUAUUUAAUAAAUAUAUUUUAUUUCA